AUGCGGGGGAGGGACCUUCAGAGUGCGUGCAGAAGGGCGCUCCUGCUGAUCAUCUGUCUGGUGUCCCUCUGUGGACAGCUGAGCAGUGCCUCGUCACACAGAAGCCACAUAGUGCACGUGAAGGCGGGCACCUGUGAGGUCAUCGCAGCCCAUCGCUGCUGCAACAAGAACAAGAUCGAGGAGCGAUCCCAGACCGUCAAAUGUUCCUGCUUCCCAGGACAAGUGGCGGGAACAACGCGAGCUGCGCCAUCUUGUGUGGACGCCUCCAUCGUGGCCCAGAAGUGGUGGUGUCAGAUGAGUCCCUGCAUGGACGGGGAGGAGUGCAAGGUGCUGCCCGACCAGAAGGGCUGGAGCUGCAGCACCGGGAACAAAGUCAAGACCACCAAGGUCACCCGAUAGUCUUGUGUUUCCUGACAUCCUCGGCUUGGACCUCUUCCUUCUCCUUGUCCUCUCCACAUGCUUCCUGGACAAUAAUGCAUUUUGACAAUGCGGGAACCUUGGGACCGAUGAG